AUGCUUCAGUUCAUUGUGUAUGCGAAGAAGAGGCCCGGAGCAAACUACAUCACACAGAAUCUCUUUGCACUGACGCAAGCGAAAACUGGCAAGGGAGUCGACCAAGAGACGUGGGAAACUAUGGCCAAACCAGGCUUUCAUGUUGAACAGGCGGUUAUCCUCAAAGGGACUUACUCAUCCAAAAGAUGUCUGAACCCAAAGUGCGCCGGAACUCUUCUGGAUGAAGUCCUCGAGUUCGAAGAACGCCAAGUUUGCAAUGUGUGUUCUCGAUGUACCAGGACAGCUUUCACAACAACGCCACUGAUCGGCCUAUACAAUGAGGCUCCUUACUCACACCACCCCGUUAAGCGAUUCACAAGUCGGACCAAUGCCAAGAGAAGGUUCGGGCCCCAGCUACCUCCCAUAGCUAUGGAUGAACAAAUAGGAACAUUUCUCAGGGUUAAGUUCUUGCAACCUACCGAGCCUAUACAGAAUAUCGAGGAAGCCUACCGACGAUUAAACGAAGAUCCUAACCAUGUCAUGGCAAACGCAUAUGUCGGCCUUGAAAUACUUCUUGCUUCAGAAGAAACCUUUUCCCAGGAUCAAAUUGAUAGGGCAAGAAAUCAUUUGAUGAUUGCCGUGGAAUCAGAUAGCUCGAUCCCCGAGAGCUGGUACUUACUGAGUCGAGCGUGUAUGAGGUCCGCAGACUACAUAAGAGCCUACCAAUGCCUACAAACCGCGAUAUAUCUCAAACCUCGGUGUCCUUCGUUCUGGAUCACACUUAGCAUUUUAUACUUUAGAACCGGUCAAAGCCGAGAUUCCCUCGACGCAUUAACUAAGGCUGUAGGUCUGAAUGCUCAUAUCUGGGAGCCUUGGUAUAAUCUCGGUGUAUUGUAUGACAGCUGCAAUGGGCAACAUUCAGAUGCCGCUGAUGCCUUCUAUAAAUGUCUUGAGCGAAAGCCAGACUUGUCCAAUGUCCACGCACGUCUCGAAGCCCAGCGAAGUUACGCUGAGGACAUUUGCAAUGAGACUUUGCGCGCAUACUUGAUUCAUGAGAUGAUUGAUUCAUCCUUGGAGGAUAAAUAUGGCAUUAUAGACGAAGCUGGCGGCGAAGAUAUCAUGUUUAAUCCAGUAUAUGGUGCUCGGGAGCAAGACCAAGAUGAUGACAAAGAUGAAGGGGAGUUUGAAGAAAGCGACGUUAGCGAUUCGGAGCAGAAGUAUGCUUAG